AUGGCAUUUGACAAGAGUAUAGCCAAUUUGGCCUUGCGUCUGGCCAAUAUUUUCACAUCACUUGCGCCAGAGUGUUUGGACGCUGCUUUCCAAAACAUCUGCGAGAUUCAGCAGUCAAAAGCUGAUAAAGUCGUCGCUAUGGAGAUGAUGCAUGUCAAGUCAUUCGAAGAAGCAUACAAGUUGAACAGGAUUGACCCUACUACUGUCCGUGUUUUCCAUGUUUCCCCUUGA